GGCCCCGCUCCGCCCGGCCCGGCCCUUAACAGCGGCGCCGUCCCGGGACGCCGUAUGUGAGCCGGGAGGGCAGCGCCGCACUGCCCCGCACCGCCCCGCACCGCCCCCGCGCACCAGCACCGCACCGGCACCCCGGCUCGGCCCCGCGGAGCUCCGGAGCAGCCGGCACCAUCCCCCGCCCCGGCACCCCACCAUGAGCAACCUCAACAAGGACACCGAGCACACCAACGGCGGCGGCACCGUCGAGGAGGAGGUACGGACGCUGUUUGUCAGUGGCCUUCCUGUGGAUAUCAAACCCAGAGAGCUCUACCUUCUCUUCCGGCCAUUCAAGGGUUAUGAGGGGUCACUGAUCAAGCUGACUUCAAAGCAGCCAGUGGGUUUUGUGACCUUCGACAGCCGGGCUGGCGCUGAAGCAGCCAAGAACGCCUUGAAUGGCAUCCGCUUCGACCCCGAGAACCCCCAGACCUUGCGGUUAGAGUUUGCUAAAGCCAACACCAAGAUGGCCAAGAGCAAGCUGAUGGCCACGCCGAACCCCACCAACAUCCACCCUGCCUUGGGUGCACAUUUCAUUGCACGGGACCCCUAUGACCUGACUGGAGCGGCUCUGAUCCCAGCGUCCCCGGAGGCGUGGGCUCCCUACCCCCUGUACACCACGGAGCUGACCCCUGCCAUCCCCCACGCCGCCUUCACCUACCCGGCGGCUGCAGCCGCGGCCGCCGCUCUCCACGCUCAGAUGCGCUGGUAUCCUCCCUCUGAAGCUACCCAGCAAGGAUGGAAGUCUCGUCAGUUUUGUUAGUUCAUUAUGUCUCUCCUGGGCUUGUGUUCCUCCUCCCUGCCUCUCCACAGAGGGAUGUGCCAGGGACAAUGGCUCCCCCUCCUCUGGAUUUGGUACGUGGCCAGAGGACAACGCGCCCGGCCCCGCCGCGCUGCCCCCGGGGCUGCCAGCACCCCUUUCCCUGGACUGUGAAGCCAUGGUAGCCCCAGCCACGGGCUGUGUGCUGCCUCCAUCCAUCCCUCCCUCCCUCCAUCCCUCCCUCAAGCCAUCCCCAGGACCUCCUCCCUGCCUGAGCUUUGCCAUCCGGCUGCACUGAAACCCAGCCGGGGGUCAGGUCCUGGGCUUCCCCAGGCGCUCCCUGCCCCGGGGGCAGCUCGGCUGAAGGAAUCGAAAGGCAACGUGGGUUUUGCAUGUUUUCUGGCAUGAAUUAAAACACUUAACUUGUGUCUGUGUGAGUGUAAGUUUGUUUGUUCUAGCGUUUGUGUAACCGUUAGCAACAGGUCUUGGCCCAACAGAUUGAUCCAUCAAGGUUUUCCUCUUGCUUCGGUGAAGACUUGGCUUUGAGAAAUACUAACUGUCCUUGUCUCACCCCUUCUCCCACCUCCACCCUCCCCUCCCCAGGAUGACCAGAAAAAUUUGAAAAAUGCCUUUUUUUUUUCUUUUUUUUUUUUUUUUUUUUUUUUAAGUAUGAUGCACUGGGUUUUUGUUCUCAUCCAUUCUGCUUGUUUUAAAGUCAGGGUUAUUAUAUUAUUUUUUUUCCUUCUUCCAACUUCUAUAUAUAGAACAGCUGUAAAAUACCUAACCUCUUUUUUUUUUUUUUUCCCCUACAUUCUUCUGAUUGGAGAGCAUCCAGUCUUGCCAAAUAAUCAGCCAUCCUUAUGGGAAUACCGAACAAAAAAAAAAAAGUACGAGUAUUUUUGUACCAUGUGUAAUAAGGAAAUAUUUAUGCAUCAUAAAGAAUUUCUUGUGUGUUUGUGUGCAAUUAAUUAUUAUUAUUAUUAUUAAAGAGAAAUUGUAAUCCUGUAAGAUAAGUUAAUGUUUAGUUAAAAGCUUGAAAAAGAAGGGUUGUCUUCUGUACCAAUGAUUCAGUCAGGCAUAGUAAACAAGAAAUUGUGCAAUUUUUGUUUUAGCAUCUUAUUGCUUGGUAUUGAAGUGCUUUAAGUAUUAUCUGACCAUGGCUGUCUCGCUUGUAUUAGAAGAUUUGAGAAUAAGUUGCUCUAUAAUUGCUGAUCCUAUGAGAAUGUGAAACUGGAUAAUAUAUGAAAUGCAACCAAAAAAAAUAUAUAUAUACCCAGAGGCUGCUGUGA